UCGUUACACAAGUGCCAAUAUUAUUAAAUUAAUAUUUCAAACGAUUUUCGACAUAAAUUGAGCCUUAAAACCUACAAAAUGCCGUUUAUGAAGGGACGAGAGCCCAUCCGACGCACGCUGCAAUACUUAAAAGCAGGCCGGCUGGUUUUAAAGGAUAGGAUACGCAUUUUCAGUGUUAACUACAACACAUACGGCAACCAUCAUGCUGGAGCCAGGGAUUUUGUGUUCUGGAACAUACCGCAAAUACAGUUUCAGAACCCGGAAGUGCAGGUCAUUACACUUAAGAAUAAGACGCCGUCACCUUAUGUGCGCUGUUACUUUGACGACGGCCGAGAUAUACUUAUUGACAUUGAUAGUCGAAAUCGAGACGAGAUCAUCGAGCAUUUGGUCAAAGUGGUUGGCAAGACGCGAGAGCAACUAGACGCUGAAGCGCGUCUUGCGGAAAGCAAAGAUAAUCCGGCUAACUUCGGGUACGGUUCUGAACGACAUUGCAUCUGUGAAAUACCCGGUCAAGUUUCGUGCUCUGGUACAGUGCCGUUACCCGAGCACAUGCGUGGCAAAUAUAGACAUGCUCCCAAAUAGUACGCAACUAGUAGAGUGCUUGUUACAUUUAUUACGAAUGAGUCCAUUAUACCUAAAUAUAUUAAAAAAAAAAAAACUUAAAAA